AGGCGAUGCGAAACGGAAUCCGGUCUUCGCUCUAGAACCCAGACAUGCAUAAUGAGCCCACCCUGCAGCCUGCGAGGGAGAAGCCACUCCCGAACACCGACACCACCACGAUCGUACCUCACAUCAACGGCAAUGGUGCAGUACCGGAAAACACAACCCGAACACCACUGCAUGAGGCAGCAGCCGGCGGGGACGAAACGAAGGUGGAAACCCUCCUGGCCGCCGGUGCCGAUCGAAAUGCCAAGGAAUCGGUGCACGGUAACACACCACUUCACGAAGCCUCCUGGAAGGGAUACAGUCGCUGCGUGAAGCUGCUCUGCGCGCUACCCAAAACCAAGCCAACGAGCGGUACGAAGGGACUGUCGAUCGAUCUGCUAAAGGACGCGACCAAGAUCAAGCACGCCCUUCACGACACGAAAGGAGCGCUGCACAGUGCACUGCUGGGUACGCGCAACUUUGGUGGCUUUUCUGCGCUACAUUUGGCCGCCCAGAACGGUCACAAUCAGAGCUGCCGUGAGAUAUUGCUGGCUGGUGCCGAUCCUGAUGUACAGAACAAUUACGGCGACACGCCACUUCAUACCGCGUGCCGGUACGGACAUGCCGGUGCCAUUCGGAUCCUACUUUCAGCCAAAUGUGACUUUGAGCGGAUAAAUCUGAACGGAGACACUGCGCUGCAUAUAGCGUGUGCGAUGGGCCGUCGGAAGUUGACACGCAUUCUGCUCGAGGCUGGCUGUCGGCAGGACACCAAGAAUGCUCAGGAUGAAACACCGCGGGACAUUGCGCAGCGCAAGAAUCUGGUCGAGAUCAUCAACAUCCUCAACACACCGGUCGAUCUGUCGGCCCGGCGGUCGCGGGAACGUUCCAGCAGCAGUUCACAACACCACCGUACUAAAGUUGACGGCCUAGUCGCUAAUGGCGGUGUGCACCAUAAAUCUUCACCACACGAUCCGCCCCCCAAUCCUGCCGAGCGUCGAUCGCGCAGCAAGGAGGAAGGUACACGAAAAUCGGGUCGUCGUAGUAAUUCCAAUGAUGACGCUGCUACUCGGGCAGAUGCAAUCGAUCCAAAGCAUUGGUCACCGUACGGUUGUCACUACUUUCCCGAUCCGCGGAACUUCCCUUCGCCAAAGUUGGAAACCUUGCCGAAGGAACCGCUUGGGAAUGGGGAACAAUACUUCCUCGAUUUGGCCGGUAACAUUCGGAAAGGUCCAGUGGGAGUUGGCAACACGUGCUACUGUGCACCGUUCUUCAAGCAUCUGGAGCAGCGUAUGAACCAGAACCGGCGCAGCAUUCGAAAGUAUGUGCACCGGGCGACGGAGAAGCUGGACAGCCGGAUGACUGCGCUCGCGAUGCGAACCGACGAUCAGAUCGAGGAGCUUACCAAAUCGAUGAUCGCGAGUCGGGUUCAGUGCGAGAACAAGCGGCUCCAUCUGGAACAGUGGCUUAAACGGGGCAUUGCCGAACGGUCCACGACUACCGCCACUUCGGGCGGGUUGGAGCACAGCAACAGUAAAACCAAAAAGGAUGAGGCUAACACUAACACGCUGACGCGCUGUCGAAGCCUAGAAUUGCUGGACGAUCACGAUGCGAUGCUUCUUUCGGCCGGUGUCGACGGAAUCGAUGACCAGCUAAGAAAAUCCUCGACACCAACCAGAGCACUGUUCUCGCGCAGUAUAGACUUCCUCGAUGCCACUACCAACGGAGACUCGGACCACGGCCAUCGGUUACAUCGGCAGCAACAUCAGCAGCAGCAAGAACUUGAGAGCCAUCUUCGAUUGCUUCAGUAUGCGGCUGUCGGUGGUGGCCAUACGUCGGAUGCACUCGAAAGCUCCAACAACUCCAACAUGAAGAACCAUUCCGAAUCAGCCGAAACGCCACCAAUUCCCGAUGCGGCAGGUAUCAGGAUAGCACGUCGACCACGUUCCUCUUCCAUGUCCGGGCGGGACAGCUACUCGUACUCCUCCGACAACAACAAAGACAAUGAUCGUGAGAAACCAGCACCGCACCAUCGGCUCGCCAACGGGGCUCACGAUCCGAAGCUAAACAAGAAGCGUUCACUACCACCAACCUCAUCCACACCGACAUCGGCCAUUUCUUCCAAUGGAGGUACAGGAGCAGUGGUCGUCGCAUCGGCAAAAAGCGAAAAAGCCAAAGUCACCGAACGGCUCGAGGAGCUGCUGAGCAAGACGAAAAAGAUUCUCGAACUAGAAAAGAUGACUAAAGGCGGUGGAGGUGGAUCGCCGUCCGGAAUGGUUUCUUCCCCACUGAUCGCAUCCCACCAAGCCUCCGCCAUCGCACCAACGACCGAUAAUCGGUACAUAUUAGCGUUGGAUAAGCUGCGAGACAUCCAUCACUACGAACCGUCCGCUAGUGGGACGAAACCUUCUGGACGAUCGGCUCGCGAUUCGCCCGGGUACGAUAUUGCCCAGGAGAUGGAGAAGAUCACGAAGUCACUCUUACCUGCCGCACCGGUUUCGCCCGAGAUUGCGAAAGACAUUACAACGCGCAAGGAGCGUCCAACGACUGUUAUGUAUGCGUCCUAUCAGCAACCUCCCCAUCCACACCGGCGUACAACACCGCAGGAAUCGUCUCCACUAUCCACGACGCCCCUCUCGACGAUGUCUCCCAGUUCGUCACUGCUCGGUGGACAGGCAGCUCCAUCACGAAGUUCCCCAUUCGCCUCGGAUAGGCAACAUCUCGCGUCCACCAACUUCAUGGGGGAUGGGCCGUGUGAUGAACAAAACGUGACCACCGCAAUGGGUGCAUUGAUGAAUGGAUUCUACUCGAACAGCUGCUUCGAAGAUGCUCCGCCAAGUUCCUCGAACACGACGAUUAAAUCGGCAGGACCUCGUAGACAGCAGGAGGCGGUAGAUUCGGAGCUGGAACAGGAAGAGGACGAAGAGGACGAGCGAGAGGCAGAUGAGGAGCACGAUCAGGAUGACACUAAGGAACAGGAAGACGAAGAGGACGAUCAGGAUGAGGAUGAUCAGGAUGAGGAGGACGCGAGCGAUCUCUCUGAUCGAUGUGAUCUCUCGGCAAUGGCGAAUCUGGCCGAGCUGAAGGAACUCAAGAGCCGAAUCCUAAACGGUACAAACUGGCGCAGUCAAGUGCUGCAGAAGAGUGUCCAGGAACUGUUGCGAAACGGAGAGGGAACGGAUUCCAUCUCUGGAUCGCAAGAGCAGGACCCCUCCCAGGUCUUAGGAGAGACAAAUCGUGUAAAGUACAUCAUUUCGAAGUUACAGCAAAGUGGUAACAGUACUGGUGAUGUAGCGACGGUUAGGACACAGCACCAAAUUCCUCCUAUGGCUCGGUGUGAAGAUUUUUCCGAUAGCAGUAGCGAAGAGGAUGAAGAGGAUGUAGUACAGGAUGAGCAUCACCCGCAUUAUCAUCAUCAUCACCAUCAGGUACAGCAUCAGAUUGAGGACGAGGAUGAGGAAUGUGUGGAUGGUCCUCCAAUUCCGGUGAACGGAGAAUCGGAACAGGAAAAGCAACGCGAAAUUGGGAUUGGGACUGCAAAGAGCUUGAUCCAACUGUACGAACAAUCCUCGUCCUCCACGUCCGCAAACGGUGCUAUCGGGAAGCCUGUCCCGAAUGGUCCAUUUGCAAGCGUUCCCAAGGAUGCUUACUUCCACGAGUUACCACCGAGGAAGCUGUUGCCACCGCCGGAACUAAACUCCGUGCCCGGGCUAACGUCACGCGUGCAUCAAACUGCUCGAAGCCGAAAUCCUUUGCCAUCGUACCUAUUGCAGGAGGGCGCAGGUGAACUGUUCCAGCAACAAUCGCCGGACAUCCUAGACCAGCAAGGACCGUCUUCCGCAGGAUAUUCACAGCAGCAGGGUUACUUCGAUGACUUCCCGAAUCAUCAACCACUUCCUCAGCACCGAAUGCCACCGACGAUGAAUUCGUAUCCCAUUCCUGCCGAUGGGUUCUUACCUCCUGUUGGACUACCUACCCCUGUGAACCACCAUCACCCGCACGGUCACUUACACCUGCAACAGCAGCAACAGGAGAAGCUCCUAUCUACGCGGAAGUACAUCAAUCCUUCAUCCGCCGUAUCACUCGCCAGCACCGGAACUCCUUCACCAGAGUUCCCACUGUACCACCAUCACCAGCCGCAGCUGGCUGCAUCCUCCAUCGGUCAACCAACGUAUCCUUCCGCCGGUACUGCAUCCGUCAUCGGUGGCCAUUCGCAUGCAAUGAUGACAAUGAUGGCCGCCGGUCGUAAAUCGGUCGAUCAGCUAUCCUCCAACGGAGAAGAUUCCGGUUACGUAAGUGGGAAAGUGAGUGAAAUUCACAUCCCGAGUGGAGGUGCCAGCCCACUCCUUUCGGCCACCGCCAGCAACGUCCUCAUCAUACCGCCGCCCGCUUCCUCUUCCUCUCCGAAACACUUUCUUCCGUACAGCCAUCAUCACCAUCCGCUGGUAACGUCGAUGCAUCAACGCAACGGUGCAACACCACCGCACCACGGCAGUGUGGUGACCUCGAUCGUUCCUCCACCGGCCGGAUCUAGUGCGUCGGUAGCAGCCGGAAUACAUCCAACGGCGGGACAAACGACGGCCCAGCUACAUGCUGCGGUGGAGCAAAAACAGCAAGCCCUCUACAAGCUUGGCGCUUCUAGCUUAGUCUAG